AUGAGUUCGGAGCGAGCCGAGUAUGACAUGGUGUGUCAGAGAGCCGUGACCCUCAUUGUGGACCUCUGCCUGCACAACAGCUCGCUGUUGGAGCAGGACACGUGUCAGGACUUCCUUUUUCUGUUGUCCGGUCACGGCGCCAAGCACACGGAUCAAGACGCUACUUUUGGCCUCCUUCUCGGUGUGUUUGUGCUCUGCGGCUUGGUUCUGCUGGGCCUGCUAGCCUUCGGCUUCUGGAAGCGGUGCGGUCCGCCUCGGCGGAGCAAAGCCAGCUUCCUCACUCCGUCCCCCAGCCCGGAGCACCGCCCGCUGCAGCUGUCUCGCCCGCUGCCGUUGCCGUCGGCCCCAGGUACCCAGCAGCUGCAGCAGCCAGCGGUUACCAUGGCAACAGAGAAAAUGAAGGACCCCGUGGGCCCGAUGGGCUUCCUGGAGGCUGCGGUGAAGAUAAGCCAUACAUCUCCUGACAUCCCCACUGAUGUCCAGCUCUCCAUGAGGGAGCACUUCCUGCGCCGCACACAGCGCAUGCAGAGGCAAACAACUGAGCCCGCUUCCUCCACCCGGCACAAUUCCUUCAAAAGACACCUUCCCCGGCAGAUGCAGGUCAGCAGCUUGGAUCUGGGGAAUGACUACAUGUUGGACAAAGAGGAAAAAUCCACAAGCAUUGGCCGUAUUCAGCCAGAGCUCUACCAGGAGAAAACAUGUGACUCUGAGGAUUCCUCCAAGAACAGCAGCAGCAAAAACUGCGGGAGGAUUAACUUCUCUCUCAAGUAUGAUUACGACAACGAGGCCCUGCUCGUCAACAUCAUCAGGGCGGUCGACCUUCCCGCCAAGGAUUUAUGCGGCACGUCCGACCCGUACGUCAAGAUCUACCUGCUGCCCGACCGCAAGAAGUUCCAGACGCGGGUCCAUCGAAAAACCCUCAACCCCACCUUUACUGAAAGCUUCCACUUUCCUGUGCCUUACGACGACUUGCCGAACAGGAAGCUCCACAUGAGCGUUUUCGACUUUGACAGGUUUUCACGACACGACAUGAUCGGGGAGGUGGUGAUGGACAACCUGUUUGAGACGUCCGACCUCUCCCGGGAAACCAAUAUAUGGAGAGACAUCGAAUAUGCCACCAGUGAGAGCGUUGACCUUGGGGAGAUCAUGUUCUCACUCUGUUACCUGCCCACUGCUGGGAGACUCACACUGACUGUCAUCAAGUGCAGGAAUCUCAAGGCCAUGGACAUCACUGGAUACUCAGACCCUUACGUCAAAGUGUCACUAAUAUGUGACGGGCGGCGUCUGAAGAAGAAGAAGACUAGCAUCAAAAAGAACACCUUGAAUCCCACCUACAACGAGGCCAUCAUCUUUGACAUCCCACCCGACAGCAUGGACCACGUCAGCCUGCACAUCUCUGUCAUGGAUUAUGACUUGGUCGGUCACAACGAGGUCAUCGGCGUGAUGCGAGUCGGGUGCAACGCAGAAGGACUGGGAAGGGACCACUGGAACGAAAUGUUGGCAUAUCCUCGCAAGCCCAUCGCACACUGGCACCCCCUACUGGAGUCUAAGAAAUCCGAGAAAGAGUGGAAAGCAAGGGCUGCCAGCUUUGACAGCCAGGGCUCCUGCCCUUCUCCCCGCCCCCCAGCGACACCCUGAGCAACGCCACCUGCGACCCCUGCGACCCCCUACAACCCAGAUGGAGGGUGGUGAGAGGUUCCUCCUGCUGGUCCACUUCCUGUCUGUCUGAUUAUUCAGG